AUCUGUGCCAGCCUCUGCCUGCUGACCAUCAGCACCAAGUCGAGGUCGUUGUCUUUGAUAGUGGAGGAAUGGAUUGGAAACAUUACGACUGGUCAAAGGUCACGACAAUUGUUGCCUUUGGAAAGUAUGACCGUGAGCUAUUGUGUCAUGCUCAUGCAAAUAAUGUUCGAGUUGUCCUGAAAGCAACUAUAUCGCAGCAGAACCUGAUAAACAGAAAGAAGCGAGCAAAGUGGAUCAAAGAAAAAGUGCUGCGAGCAAGAAAGCGUUUUAUGGAUGGCAUCAACUUGGAAAUGUGGGAUGUCCUGAAACCUGGAUCUGAAAAUUAUCACGCAUUGCCCCACUUGGUUCAGGAAACUGCACACAUCUUCCAUCGGGAAAUACCAGGAUCUCAGGUCACAUUUAACGUACCUUGGUCUCCUCAUUGUAAAACUGGUCGAUGUUUUGAUUACACAGCAAUUGCGAAUGCCUGUGACUUCUUAUUUGUGAUGUCAUUUGACAUAGAACGUAGAACGCUAGGUGAUUGUCUUGCAAAGCCAAAUGCACCCUAUAACAAGACAUUAGCAGGUCUCUCAGCUUAUAUCAAUCUAGGUAUUGAUUCCAAGAAACUCAUAAUGGGAGUUCCAUGGUAUGGUUAUGACUAUACUUGCCAACACCUGCCAAAAUCACUUAGUGGCAGAUACCACGAGGUUUGGUAUGACGAUCCAGAUAGCAUUUCAUUGAAAUCAUCUAUUGUGAAGAAAUUAAAAAUUCGUGGCAUUGGUGUAUGGAUUGGAAAUUUCCUAAACUACGGUGCAAACCCCACAGCAGCAGCACAGACAAAAGAGAUGUGGCAUGCCCUAAUUUCCAAAUGA